UAAUUUUUAAUAAUCUAAUAUCAAUGGUAUUACCGCACAAGAAACCCGAUGCGUGCAAACAUUUCUAUUGCAAUCUAAAUAAAUGUCUGAAUAAAAAUGGUUAUCAAUUGGGUUAUUGCGAUCAUUAUCUAAACGAUAUGAUUGAUUGUUGUCGUGCGUGGAAAUUGGAUGCAUUCAGUUGUGAAGGUUUUAUGUGGAUGUUUGAAGAAAAAUUCAAAGAUUCAGAUGAUAAGGACAAGAAAGAUGGUGGUAGUGGUGGUGGUGGUGAUGGACAGGGAGGUAGCAGUGGUGGUGGUGAUGGACAGGGAGGUAGCAGUGGUGGUGGUGGUGGAGGAGGACAAGGAGGUAGCAGUGGUGGUGGUGGUGGUGGCAGUGGCAGUAAAGAUAUACCCGACUAUAAUAAGGAUCACACAAUCAAAUUGGACAGUUGCAUAGUGAUGUGAUUGGAUGGCCUGGAACUGGUGGUUAUUGAUCUACAUGUGCAUCCAUACCCCUCCCAUCCCACCCAAUCACCCCCCCAAUAUUAAGUAGUGAUCCGAUAUUGAUUUUUAUGAUAUAUAUCACUACUACUACU